GAAGGGAGGGAAAGGAAGGAAGAGAGGAAAGGACAGGAAACGAAAGGAAUGGAAUGGAAAAGAAGGAAGCAUGCAGCGACGCCUCUGGAGGGAGACAAGUCCUCGUCAGGGCAGGUCAGGGAAGGGAGAAGUGAAGGCAAGGGAAGGGCAGGGCAGGGCACGAGGCGAAGCUGCUGCGUUGGGCUGCUGCUGGCUGGAUGGCCGGCUUCCGAGUGUGCUUGGGUGUGCGUAGGACAGGACAGGGGAGCGUAGGCGCAAUUACGCCACCUCGAAAAAUGUUGUAAAAUAUUUGUGGAUGUGAGGUUAUUGGACGAUUGCUCCAUUUUGAGCACACGGCCGGCCUGUUGUUGCUGUCUGGACGGAUGCGUUGUCUGUUCUUGAUUCUGGCUCCGAGUGGUGGAUCUUGGAUUCACUUCGUUCGCUAGCUCGCCCGCUGGCCUUUCAGGAGCCAUAUCGGGUUAAUGUGUUGCAAUUGAUGGUGCAAUUUGACGACGAAUGAGAAGGUUAUAGGGCCGAAGGAUGGGGCCUGCUGUUCGCGUAAGAAGACGCAGGAUGGAGAUCUUGCGUUUGAGUUUUCUGGGACGGAUCACUCGUGCUUAGGGUUUUCAAAAUUUGCUGUUAUUUUUGUACGUACACCCGUGGAAUUCGAGUGAGUCAAGGUUGCUCAGCAGCUGAGCACCCUCUCUUCGGGCCUACCCCUAGCAGUGAAUCUCCGGUGCUCCCGGGCAUUCGCUAUCACAUCGAGCAGAGCGUUGCCGUGUCCGGCACGCUCAGCAGCAGGGGACUUUUCGAAGGAUGGUUGUAAAUCUGUCGGUGUGAAUAGUGUAGAUUAAGCAUACGAUGGAAACGACUUGGGAACUCUGACUACCAUGACCUCGUCUGCAGUCGAUAACUAGGCACGAGUGUCACGGGCACCUCAUUUGAAAGUGUCCUGCAAGGGCCAGAUCCAAUUAGGAUCGGGAGCUGUAGAGUGUUCACUAUCACAGGUUUGAAGAAUGACGUGAACUCCUUGCAAAAGGAGGUCCGCAGUCUAUCGAAAUUUGCUCAUUAGAGUGAACAGCCUCAUUGGUUGUCAGUAGCAGUUCGGAACGGCACAAAAGUGGCUUUCCUCGGGUUUUUAGAUAAUUUCGACUGAUGGCCAGUGGCAAAAGUGGAGGAGCUGUAGGAAAGGCAAAACCAGUACCAUCAUGGCUGAACAGCCCAGCUUGGUCUAGCACUCCACGUCCCAGGGGUAGGAACUUUCCCGAGUCUGUGGAGAAAGGAAGCAAGGCCAAGGAUAAUGUGAAGCUACAGAGAACAGGUAGCGAUGUGGAAAAACGGGAAGAAGACGGGGAGUCCGACAAUGUUGGUAAUAAUCAGGACAGUCGGAGCUCGAAGACGGGGAAUGUAGCUGUGAAUUCAAGUGCCCAGUUGUGGUCCAAUCCUGAGAAUCCCUCUACAUUUCAAGGAAGUCUGUCUUCUGCACCGUCGUCAGCCUCUUCUGAUUCGGAGCAAUCGUUCCGGAGAAGCUCUUCUCUUGAUGCGAGGGUUGAGCUUUUCAUGCUGGAGUUGUCCAGAAAACGGACACACAUUGCAGAGCUUCAGCGCAUGUCGGCUCAAGGGAUACCUGACGUGGGAAGUAUUCGGGCAACAACAUGGAAACUUCUUCUUGGUUAUUUACCACGAAAUCGAGAGGACUGGAGUAUUGAGCUAAAGAAAAAACGUGCGGAGUAUACUGUUUUCAGAGAGGAGCUGCUAGUCAAUCCGUCUGAACUUACACGAAGAAAGGCGGCGUAUGAAGAGGCAAUGAACGAAAGUGGUGGCAGAGGUUUUCUACCUAGACAUGAUAUCACACACGAUGAUCAUCCUCUCAGUCUGGGGUCUACCAGUGUUUGGCAUCAGUUUUUCCAGGACACUGAACUAUCAGAGCAAAUCGAUCGGGAUGUGAAGAGAACACAUCCGGACAUUCAGUUCUUUUGUGGAGAUUCUGAAGAAGCUCAUGAAAAUCAGGAAGCAUUGAGGCGCGCUUUGUUCAUAUUUGCAAAGUUGAAUCCCGGAAUACGAUACGUACAAGGCAUGAAUGAAGUGCUCGCUCCUCUGUACUACGUAUUCAAAACAGAUCCGGAUGAAUCUUAUGCUGCUCAUGCGGAACCGGAUGCCUUUUUCUGUUUUGUGGAGCUUCUGAGCGAUUUUCGAGAUCAUUUUUGCCAGCAAUUAGACAACAGUGCCGUUGGAAUUCGAUCUACAAUCAGUCAAUUGAAUGCAUUGUUAAGAAAACAUGACGAGGAGUUGUGGCGACACCUGGAAGUGACUUCCAAGGUGAACCCUCAGUUCUACGCUUUUAGGUGGAUUACACUCCUACUGACACAAGAGUUUGACUUUCUUGAUUGUCUUCGACUGUGGGAUUCUUUGCUAAGCAACCCUGAUGGACCACUUGAAAUUUUGUUACGGGUUUGCUGUGCCAUGCUCCUCUGCGUGAGAAGUAGAUUACUGGCUGGCGACUUUACCACCAACUUAAAGCUUUUGCAAAACUACCCUACUGUGGAUAUCCACCAUUUAUUGCGUGUUGCUGAAGAACUGAGAGGUUGAUGGGAAUGGCCGUCCGCUUGUAGGUUUCCUGCUCAGAGCCAUAACCAUAUUUGAAACAUUGUGGAGGGUAACCUAUUUGGGUUUAUAGCAUCCGUCAUUCUGGUCUCCUAACUUCGAACAGACACAACUUAGUUCAGCAUAAAUUUAGAAGUAGACCCAAUAUUCUUCAAAGUAGGCACCACCUUAAAAGUUUAACUUGUAUUAGAUUGGUGUAAGGGUCUUUGCCGUGUUGUCGUUUCUUGUACAUUAUUGUAUAUGUGAGAUUGAAUACAUUUUGGAAAUCGAUGACAUUUU